AUGGUAUGCAAAUCCCAACAAUCCCUGCAACAAGGAAAGGCAGACAGAAUUCGUCCUCGAAGAACUGUGCCCUCCAACAGGAACGACCCUCCCGUUGUAAAUGUUCAUAUUGAAAGAGAGGUAGAACCGCAUUUUGAUUCAGCAAGUUCCGAUUGGAGAAGAAGAGUUGAAUCAGCAUCCAUGCAGCAUGGAAAUCCCCUCAUUCCGUCUGCAUCCUCGAACGGUUCAAUGCCAGAGACACCUCUGUUUUACAACUGUAACAUUACUUUUCAUGUCAAUCACUUUUUAACAAAUGUGAAAUGUGGAGAGCCCUCUUCAAAUCAAAGCAGUAUCGUGAGAAGGAAGAAGGAAACAGUUCGUAAUCAAGAAACUGUCUUGGGAAAAAGAACAAAGGUUGACCAAUUGUCUGACAAAUCAUCAGUGUCGAAUCCUGUAAAGACAGAAUCCCAGAAAACCACAGGACAAAACAUCUCUGUAAUGAUGGAAGAGGACGAUGAAACUUCUAUGGAAGAAGGUCACAGUGAGAAUGAAGAAUCUUCAAUGACCUCGGACGAAGAGCUGUUCGACAAGAAUUUUGUGGUGUCUGACAGCAACAGCGACAACGGAGAAGACAGUGGUUUGGAAACAACACAACCCAGCUUUAAGCAACGAAAACUCGUGUAG